UCUGAGGACUGUAUAAAGCGCUUCGUAGUGAUUGAGAUGGACGGCUGGAAUCGUAGUCUCAUGCUAAUUGACAACAUUCGCGAGGAAGCGGCUGAUGAGAAACACUCCCAAGAAAAUAGCAUUGCGUUUUUCACUCCUCGACCCAGUCUACUAAAUGAUGAACCGAUAUUUCGUCUCCGAUCGGCCUCAACCUGCGUUGUCAAAGGUGAGCCUACUAAUUCUGAAACCACCGACCAUGAGGCUCUUCAACGAUCACGGCGCAAAUCCAGCUUUUGUAACUUCAAACCUGAAACUCUGGUAGAAAGACGGACAUUUCCUGAAGUAAAUAUUUUUAAGUAA